AUGCGACGUAUCUCCUCUUUGAAGGAAUAUCUCUCUUUAAAGGAAGAGGCUAUAAAAGGAUUGGGUCUUGUGGUUCACUUCAGUGCUGCUUGGUGUGAACCCUGCAAAGAGGUACGGAGGGUGCUGGAGGAGUACGCAUCCCAAUACAGCCAAAAGGUUCUUUUUGCCGAGGUGGAUGCAGAACUUUCCAAUGAUAUUUGUGAGUCCGAAGGUGUGGAAUGUGUCCCUCUUAUCACAUUUUUCAGAACUUCCUCACAGGAAAAGGCAGAGGAGCGAGUUGCUGACGUGGUUGGUGCCAAAUUUGACCAGAUUGAAAUGAACAUGGUUUCUUUGUAUGGAAAUGGCAAUGAUACUCGAGAGUCAUUCUCUGACCUUAAUGAGUACCUAAAGUACCUAACGUCUCGCAAAGGUAUCGUUGUCUUUGUUACGGGCACCCCGUCGAGACCUCGUUGCGGGUUUACAGGGAGACUUCUAGAAAUGUUUCAUGAGCUUGGAGUAAAAUACAUUUACUACGAUGUUUGGGCGAGUGAAGAGGUUUGCGAGGGGCUCAAAAAGUACUCGGAAUGGCCAACGUUUCCGCAGGUUUAUGUUGAUGGGGAGCUAAUCGGAGGAUUUGAUAUAUGCUCACAGCUCAAGGAGUCUGGUGAGCUGAAGACUGUGUUAAAAAUGUGA